GCAUUACUGGGCCUACAACUACAAGACUAAUGAUUGACGAGAGCUAGGCUGGGCAGAAAGACGGAGAGAGGGAGAGGAAAAAAAGAGAGACUGACUUCCAAGACCACAGAGCUGGGCUGGGGGAAAAGAAAGGUAAAGAGAGAGAGUGACUUGGGAGAAAGACAUAGGGAGAGAGAGAGAAAGAAUCGAGAAAGAGAGGAGAGUGCUUUCAAUUUCCAUUGUCCUCUUCUGGACUUGGGAAGAGAAUAGUGAGAGAAAGAGGAGAAACGGAGAAAGUGAUUUUUCCGGGAUAGGAUUCUGGUUUUGGGACAGGGACAGGCGUGAUUUGGACGGUCUGAGACCUUUUGUGGACUGGUACGGACCUGGUUGUGGGGUGGACAUGGGCCUGUUUCUGACGGGUCUAGGAUUACUGCUCUGCUGUUCCCUCUCCUCCCCUCAGAGACUGGCUCCCUCAGAGAGAAAUGUCUGCCAGGACCUCAGGGAUCCCUCCACUCUUGUCUGUUGUACUGGAUGGAGGCAACAGGGAGAGGAGUGUACUAUACCUGUGUGUGAUGGUGAGCAGGCCUGCCAGCAGGAUGAGGUGUGUGUAUACCCGGGCGUCUGUCGCUGUCGCCCUGGCUACUAUGGAGCCCACUGCAAGACACGCUGCCCUCCAGAGUACUACUGAAGUAUUACAACCUGUCUCCCUCUUCGGGCUGCCCUCCAGAGUACUACUGAAGUAUUACAACCUGUCUCCCUCUACAGGCUGCCCUCCAGAGUUCUGGGCACCGGACUGCCGUGAGAUGUGCAAGUGCCACCCUCACGGGCGCUGUGACCCGAUCACGGGCGAGUGCACAUGCCUCCCCAACCGCUGGGGGCCACUCUGCCAGAACGCCUGCAGAUGUGGCCGCCACGGGCACUGUCACCCUGUGCACGGCAACUGCACCUGCGAUGAGGGCUGGUGGACGCCCACCUGUACCAAGCAGUGCCAGUGCUACCCAGGCACCUCCACCUGCGACCCACUGACCGGCAGGUGUCAGUGUGCCUCAGGGUACUGGGGUCAGAAGUGCAGCCUUCGCUGUAGCUGCUACAAAUCGUCGUGCCAACAGAAGACGGGGGUGUGCGAGUGCCAGAACGGGUGGUGGGGUCCGUCGUGUGAUCGCCGCUGUAACUGUGACCUGAAUCACAGUGAGUGUCGUGCCGUCAGCGGGGAGUGUUUAUGUCAGCCUGGGUACAAGGGAGCCGUCUGUAAUGAGCCAUGUGGACCUGGGGAGUAUGGCAGCGGGUGUACACUGAGCUGUGGCCACUGUAAACGAGGCCAGUCGUGCUCUGUGGUUGACGGUGUCUGUACGGCCUGUGAGCCUGGGUGGAACGGCACACGCUGUGACCAGCCGUGCAAGCGGGGUUACCAUGGAAACGACUGCCAUGAGGCCUGCCCACGCUGCAGGAACGGUGAACCAUGCAACCCCAGGACGGGGGCCUGUUCACGAUGUGAUCCAGGAUGGACCGGACCCAGAUGUGGCAAGCCAUGCUUUAACAGAACAUUCGGGGACGCCUGCCGCUUCCUGUGCAGCCCCUGUUUCCAUGGCCACUGUGAUCACGUGACAGGAAGUUGUGUCUGUGAGCCCGGGUUCCAGGGACAGAGUUGUAAUAUCACCUGUCCAGACCAGCUGUAUGGCUUUAACUGUUCCUCUGCCUGUGACUGUGGAGAGGGCACCGCCUGUCACCCAGAAACGGGGGCGUGUCCAUACAGUGGUCACAGGGCUCUGAUCGCUGGUCUCCUGGUCCCUCUGUUCUUGGUGCUGCUGGGUCUGGUCUGCUGCUGCUGCUGCUGUGGAGGACCUACUGACAGCAAAGACAGGGUAGCAGUGGGUGAUGGUGGUACCUCUGUCCGUAUGAAGUAUCAUGUGUAUAAUGUCCUGGCCAACGUGAGCUCUGCUGUACCCUGUAUCUCUGUCUGGUCCUCUGGGCUACCCAGAGUCACAGUGUCCCACCACGACCCUGAGCUGACAUUCAACCACAGUUUCAUAGAGCCUCCCUCCUCAGGCUGGGUGACGGACGGAUCCUCCUUCGACAGUGAUGAGGAGACCGGAGAGGCUCUCUACUGUGUCCCCCCCAGAGAAGACAUCCCUGCAGUGGCGGGCGGUGAGUUCCAGGAGUUCCAGCAUGAGAUGAGUUCUAAGUGUAACAUGUUCCCCGACCCCUCUGCCUUCAGCGUUAGUGCAGAAGACAUGUCCCUCCCCUUUGGCAUCCCCCGCACCUCCAGCAACGCCAAGUCCAAACGCCCCUCCGUCUCCUUCGCCGAAGGCACCAGGUUCAGCCCCAAGGAGCGCCGAGGCUCUGCCCAGGACCUGACUCCCGGGGCCCCCCGCACCAAACCUAAGUCCCCCUGGGGGGUGCUGAUGCUGUCAGCCCUCCAGGCCCAUGGAGGGAAGGCCUCAGAGGGGGAAGAGAUGGAGACAGGUGAGGGGGGUGUGGAUGGAUGUGGAGGUGGGACUGGACCAUUGGAAGAACCAGGAUCCAGUGGUGAAGCAGGGGACCCCGAUGUGGACAGGUACACGGCCACCCCGUCCCAAGCCAUGUCUACACUGCAGGUGCCGGGAGCAUUGGUAGGAAGAAGACGCACCAUAUCCAACGCUGCUGUUAACAGAAAGGGUGGGCAAGCACCAGGGUCCACAUCUAAGGGCCAGCAGGCAGAGAUCGAUAAAGGGAUGGACAAGGUGACCACAGUGUACGUGACAGUGGGUAAGGCGGGGGUGGGGAGGCCCCUGUCUAAACUAGAGCUCCCCAGCUCGGAGGGCCCGGUACAGGCCAUGCUACGCAGGCUAGGCAGCCUCCAGAGACAUAAAGACCAGGAGGGGGGAACUAGGUCCAAGGGUAAGAUCCCGGGGGCGGAGGGGAUCACGAAGCCACCCAGGAGGAAGCUAGGGGCCAGGGCCAGUGUGUGGGAGCAGGGGGGUCACCCACCCUUGGGGGUGGAGGGUCCUGUAGGGGAAGGUGUACCUAUGAGGAAACCCAGUAGGAGGAAACAGCACGCCCACCACAGCUCGCCUGCUGUCAUGGGAAACACUGACGAUGGCACUAACACUCACACCCCACUAGAGGGUGCCAAUGCCACCAUUAUGCCUACGAGGCCCCUGUCCUCCAUUUUGAAAAGUGUGCCAGAGGUCGCUGGGUUAGAAGUCAUGGGUGAAAGGUCAGCGGUGAGGGGAGAGAAUGGUGACCCUGGGAUGCAAACUGAGACUGACAGUGGAUAUCUAACAGUCGGGCCAGCUGGAAUUGUAACCAACGCUGUUAGUCUGAGUGAAGUCAUCGCCAAUGACGGAGUGGUGGCCAGUGUGGACGAUGGAGCUAACCUAUAUGAGAAUGUGAUGAUAAUGCAUUCCUAACUUCAGAUGCGAAUGACUGUGCUGCUCUAUCUCCUCUCACAAUCGAGUAUGUAGUUUGACUACUAAUGAAUGAGGAAUUUGGAAACUAGCUUAAUGUACUGAAGUUAACAGUGGAGUCUGACAUUAACUUACUUUACAAUAUUGAGUAUACCAUUUUAUGAAUUACAAUAUGUACAUGAUGGUUCUGUACAAUAUGUACUGUAUGUAUGUAUAUCAUACAACAAUAGGAUAAUGUUGAAAUCGCCUUACCAAAUAGUAAUCGACACUGUAACUGCCAUGUGUGAAACAACUAUACAAAUUAAAACAAAAAAAUGCAUGCUCC